AUGUCGAGUCCAAACCGUUCAAACCUCCCGGAUGGGGCUUUUUUAACGAUUUUCAAUGGAAGGAGGUGUACGGCUGUGCCGAGGGGUGGAGCGAAAACGAGAUCGAAUAACCAGCAACGACAGUCGACAAGUACGUCUCACUCGACGUCAACAUCUUCAUCGACGACGAGAUCAACACCUCCACCACAAACAAGCGCACCACCGCCGGUCGCUCCUCCUCCUCCACCGCCGCAAACCAGCGCACCACCGCCGGUCGCUCCCCCCCCUCCGCCGCCCCCUCCACCUGUGCAAACAACGCCGCUGCCGCCGCCGCCUCCUCCUGCUUUGACUACCAGUUCAGCGAGUACGACGAGCUCCUCAUUACUACCCCCUCCUGCACCCCCUCCGCCCCCUCCACCUGCAGCCACAACUCCUUCACCAGCACCAGGGCCUCCUCUCCAGCAGACACAAGCGCCGCCUGCUCCUGUAGUCUCUAGCCCUCCUCCUCCUCCUCCUCCGCUUUUCUCAUCUUCCACCACGCCGCCGCUUGUUGAUGCGGAGCCGGCUACCAUUCCCACGUUUCAGCAGAUUCCUAGCAUUCCUUCACAGAGUGUUCCUCUCCCUGCACAACUACCCCCCCCUCAAUCUUCAUCAACUUCACUUCCUGUCAUUCAAGACUUGCCCCCAUCUACUCCAGGAGCCAGCCAGACUGAUGUCAACACAGUCCCCACGCAGCCAGUUCAGACGCCACCCGCGUUUGUUAGCGAGGCUAGUCCCUCACCUACCAGUAGUCCCGAAGCGGCUGCUCCCACUGUCGGGUUGAACCCUGGCACUGCCGCGGGCGAAGCAGGGAAUGGAAGCAAUCCGCCAUCAAGCAGUCAACCUUCUUCGGGGGGGAGUAGGUCCGGUGGCGUGGCCACUCCUGUUGUCAUUGCGUCGAGUGUUGUGGGCGCUGUGGCUGUGAUCGGGUUACUUGGAUUUCUUCUCUGGCUUUGGCGGAAACGAUCACUCAGAAAGCGUCGAAGCACCCUCCUCACGCCCUUGUCGACGGAUCCUAGCUUCAGGACUGGCGAAAAGCCGUACAUCAUUGAUCGGGAAUCUCUGGGACCGACGCCGCGCUCUGCUAAACUUAAGGCAGCUCUUGGAUACAACUUCAGUCGGUUCCGGGGACAAGUGGGAGGAUUGGUGUCCCGAAACCGCGACAGCAGUUCUACCCGUAGCCGCACACAGUUUAUGAACAUAUCUCAACACAGUCGCAACAGUUCGUCGAUGUCAAAUCAUGCCGGACCUCGCAAUAUCGUUACUACAACAGAUCGACUAAAGGACUGGUGGGAAAGGUUGACUGCAGAUAUGAGGUUCAACUGGCGACUUCGUGGAGACAGGAACACCGAAAAAGAUCCGUUCGCUUCCACACGCGAUAUGAUGGACCGAAAAGCUGCUAUGGGUGGACAGCCCGACUUUUUAACGCUUCUGGGCAUGGAUGAGAGAGAGGUUGAGCGGGAGGCACAGCGCAGGCGACUAAGUAGAGGAAAAGACAGCGCAGGCUCAGCAGAGCACUUUCUCGGAGGACUGGGACUUAACUUUGAUAAUGCCUCGGCCAACCCGUUCUCCGACAUCAAUGCAUUGCCCCACGACUCAGCGAAGCCGGCACCACUUGCUGUAGCCAAUCCAACAACAAACAAUCCCUUUUCGGAUACGAAUGCUAUUUCGGCCCCUGCAGCGGCAGUCAAGCCACCGACGACAUACGUUGCCGACGUUCGACGGUCUAGAGGCACAUCAAUCGGGGGCAGCACAACUAGACCGCCUAGCGGCUCUACCUUCUCGCCCCGCAUGGAUUCCAUGUAUCGGGAUUCUCUGCAGAGCGUUGAGAGCUUUUCAACGCGACGCAACAAAUUUCGGUCUGAUCCAUUUGAUUUAGAACGGCCGGAACUCCUCGGCAGCCGCGCAACCCAGGCAAGCAGCAACUAUAGCCAGGUUGGUGGGAUGGCACCUCGAAUACCCGGUUCGGCCCACACACGAGCCGGCAGCUUCAGCUCCAAGUACAGCAGCGGAGUUAGCAUGGACGGCUGGAGCGAUCCAGGGCCAGACGUCGGGCCCGCAGGCGGAUCAUCGUCAUAUCGGCCCGAGACUGAGAGCCCCACAGUAGGCUAUCGUCCCGGCGAGCAGCGUAAGCCCUCCCGAAGACCGAGCCAGACAAGUCAAGGAAGUCAAAACAGCGUCGGAAAGGCGCUGUAG